AGUGGAUGUGGGUGUGUGUGAGUGGGUUGGCCCCAGUCAGGAUGCUCGGGGAGGUAACUUACUGGUAGGUAAGGUUGAUAACCCAGAGAAAGUUUAUCCAGGGACACUCAGGCUGGCCGAACUGUGAUUGACUUUGGAGGGGGGAUAAAGGCUUGCAUGAUUCGCCAGUGCCCCUCCUUGACCAUCUUUCCUUCCUCCUUUCUCCUUGUUUUUUUUCCCUCUCUCUCUUUAUCUCAUUGCGCGUUUGCAGCCGUCGCUAACGGUAGAAGGAGGCAUCGGCCUCGGCCUUGUAACGGAUGGAGCGAACUGCAGACUUGUCCACCGGUGAUUCACAAGUGGCUGCAGGAGAUCCUAUUUUGUUUUUCACCAGCAGCCUUUGGAGAAAAGUAAAUCUAAAAAAGCACCUUAGCGGACCACGUUAACUUUACCC